AUGCUGGAAAACCACUUGCAGACUUACAUCAACGACAGUCAGCAGAACACAUCAUUUCCUUUUGUGGGGGCAACGGUUACAGUCACAGAUCUUGAUGAGUGUCUGGAGGACAUACAUAAGUGUCCCCGCGGUUCUACCUGUGUGAACACACCUGGUGGAUACGGAUGUACCUACUGCUCACCUGAGGUGGCCAUCACAGGCGGAGGGAUGUCCAUUCCUCGCAGCAGAGCAUUCAGACUCAACGGUCGAGUUUCCGUUGGUGCAAACUGCACCGAACAGUUUGACACAACGUACAGAUGGGAGGCAUCGCCGCCCACAGGAAGACAUAUUGUCAACACGAAGGCGGAUCUUCUCGUCCCUUCCAGAACACUGAAGUAUGGCACGUACUUGUUCAGACUCACAGUGACGGUGAAUGAGACCAACACAGGCGUUGUAGUAUCACGUACAAGUAACAGCGCAUUUGUGAGCAUCACAGCCUCCUCCCUCGUUGCUGGUAUUCUAGGUGGAUUCCGUAGGCAGGUCGGCACGGGAAGAGUGACGUUAGAUGCGGCCACGCUGUCAUUGGACCCUGAUGGCGUCCACGAUCUGAACUUUCGCUGGUCUUGUAACUCAACAACUGAUGGGGUCUGUCCUGUACUAAAUGUGCCGAGCGGAGGGGAUAAAGGUGAACUUACUGUAAACCUCGGUCUUGAAACACUUCACAAGGAGCUUACCUUCACCGUGGAGGUGUCUGCACCAGGAAGGGACGCUGUCUCUGCGAGUCAAAUCGUGGAGGUGGUUCGUUCAACCAUCCCACUAACAUCAAUCAUUUGUGACACGAUCUACGGAACGUGCGGUCCCAAAAUCAACUCUGGAGAGAAGAUGCGACUGUUCCUGGAAUGCAGCAACUGUCUAGCAGGUCCCAACGCGUACACGUACCACUGGACACUUGUGCAGCGGGUACAAGGCUCGGUCACCACUUGGACGGACCAAGACUGGGACAGGAACAUUCUCAACGACAGAAAUCAAGACUAUAUUUCAUUCAGGGCCGGCGUCUUCAAUAGGCAGGGGAGCUACACUGUAACCGCUAAAGUGACAGACCGUAACUCAUCAGAGUCUGGCUCUUCUGACUACUCCUUCACGCUGAACGAACCGCCGACUGUCGGAAACUGCACUGUCCACGCUUCAAAUACUUCCCAAGGGUUCUUUGAGAUACAGUGUCGAGACUUCAAUGAUAAUGAUCUACCCCUGCGCUAUGACUUUGAGUACACGGCAGCCGACGUCACAGUUGCCUCCGUCAAUUCCACCGUCGGUUCCACCUACCAACAUCUGCUGUACAGCGGACCGGCCUCCAGCACCCCUCCCAUCAGACUGCCUACAGGGAACCCAGACAGGAACUUCGAGCUGGAAAUCUUCAUUCGUGUGACCGAUGUCUUCGGUGCCUUUUCCAACACAAGUGUCACAGCACAAGUGAGGCAACCAGAAGAAGUCGAGGAGUUUGUGGAGACGGUUUUAGACAAGUUGGACGUCGAUGACCUACAGCAGACCACGUCAUCCAUCGCCAGCGCGGCGUCUGUGCUGAACAUCGCCAACGGAACGGACGUGAAGAAUACAACAAGGAUCGAGGCCCGUGAGCGGAUGAUGGAUAUCCUGGGGCGGGUGGAGGUACAGGAUCUGCAGGACGUGAAACAGGUGACCGGCACCCUGGAACACGUCAUCAACAAGCCUGAAGAACUGUCAGAUGAGUCUCAGGUAAAGGCGGCGGAUACAUUGAUAAAAUUAGAAAAGGUGUUGACAAAUCAGUCAUCUGAAGUGGGAACGGAGGAGCUGGAAAUAUUAGCGGCGCAUCUUGUCACAGGUGCUGUUAACGUUUUGGAGGCCUCUAGUGAAAGUGCAGGUAGGAAGAGGGAGGAAACCAGAACUCCGAACUUUAAGAAGAACGAACAGGCGACAACUACUGCUUUCGAAGCUAUUGACAACCUAGCCUCGACGGUGAUAGGGAGGAAGUUCCGGGACGAAAAACCAACGUUGGUCCAGGCUAAACAGUUCCUGAUGUCCCUUGCGAAUUCGAGCUGUGAGGGACUAGGGUUAAUACAGACAUCCGAGGAGACAAAGGCGUUUUUCCAGAUACCUGAAAAUACCCCGACAAAGCUUUGUGUCAACGGCACUGUUGGAUCUCAGACUUACUUCACUCCACUUAACCCCUUCGAAUACGCGAACAACUCCAGAGACGUCAGCACGGCGGUUCUGGGACUUUCAGUUCUCUCUGAUGAAAGACGGAAAGUUCUGGGUUUCAGAUUCAACAUCUCAGAACCAGGCGUGGCCUUCUACGUCCGCGUCACCCCUGACGUCACCGGCUAUGACGUCAACGUCACGUUGAGGGCUUACCUGAAGCGUGGCGACGUUGUCUCGCCUGGUGAUUACAGUCACAACGCCACUCUAACCCGGACUGGGUACACUGCAGACGGACGUACCGUGGCAGGGAUGCAGCCGUUUGCGUGGUUCUUAAACCAGUCAACCCUGAACAUCAGCGACCAACAGGAAACGUGGACAAUAGGAAUCCAAAGAGUUCCAACUGUUGACGAGAAUGGGCGACUAUCAGACUCCACUAUUCGCUACAACGCCAGCAUUACUCCCUACAAAUGCCUCUUCUUCAACGAGACGACGGCAAUGUGGACUGACAAUGGGUGUGAGGUUGGGCCUAAGACGACGGACGAGCAGCUACACUGUAUCUGUGACCACCUGACGGCCUUUGCUGGUUUUGUUGCGCCCAACCCGCUGGACUUAGGGAGUGCCUUUACCUUUGACCUGGACAGAAGUGUGAUCGCCCUGGUGACUGUGUGUGUCGUCAUGGCGCUGUACAUAGUGGCAGUCUUAAUCGGGAGAAACGCGGAUCUGGCCGACGAACGAAAGAGACAGAGGAAAGCACGUAAGGAGCUCUCAAAGACGACAAAGGGAAAGGGUUACCUGUCUCAUCACCUGUGGUUGUCUGUAGUGAAGUUUCCUUCAGGCCACUUCACCCGGGUACAGAGGAUCUCGUGUUGUCUGUCUCUCCUCAUGUCCUUCAUGUUAGUCAACAUCAUGUUCUACCGCGGCGACCGGGACCUCCUGUCAAAGAUCACGAUAGGAGACGUCAAUUUGACACUGCCCUUCAGCUUGACCUCCUUCAUCAUCGGUCUAGAAAGUUCACUCAUCGCUCUACCAAUCAACCUGUUCAUCGUGGUGCUUUUUCGGUACUCCGGAACAAGGAAGAAAACACCGACGCCGGUAGAUGCGUCCAAACUGAAGAACAAGCAAAGUUACGGCGUCCCCCAUAAGGGACCGUACGGCGCUGAGCUCGUUCUCCCCCGCUACCUACCGAAGGUUCAGGACGUUGAGUCGGAGUUUGACGCCGAGUACACCGCCGACCCGACCGCCUAUAUUGAGAAGUUAAAGAAAGACGGAGCUCUGAAGAAAGUGGAUACCAGAUACGUCAUUAAGAAGGAAGGGUCGAAGGUCACUGUGAACCAGAAGCCGUACCGUCCGUUUCCUUGGUGGUGCCGCAUAGUGGCCUGGCUCCUAGUGGCCGCCAUAGUGGUGGUAUCAGGAGCCUUCACUGUCCUGUACGGUAAUGAAUACGGCAGGACCAAGUCUCAGUCCUGGCUCUUCGCCUUCCUUAUCUCCUUCUUGACUGACGUCAUCAUCCUUCAACCAAUCAAGAUCAUCCUGGUCGUCAUCUUCUUCAAGCUUGUCACCAAGAAAACCAAAGUUACUCCAGAGACCAUCUCCGUAAUACAGAGUCGGAUGGAUGUAAUGGAAGAGACAGUAUGGGAGCGGAGGAGAAAGAAACUUCUUAAAUCGUACCAGGACCGUUAUGUCCGACAGCCAGCUUUACUGCGUAAAUACAUCAAUACUGGAAACAGAUCAGUUAGCAAUUACAGUGCAUCUGAUGGACAUUUCGGGCAUGAAGACUCUUCUUAUCCAGAUCAGUACCUCGUGUCUAGGCGUAGCUCCUUAAACUCGUCUGAAAGAUCUCUCACCGAUGUGGUCUUUACGAGAGACUUUGGAGACAGAGACUUGUACCAAAGGCGGUAUGUCUCGCCUCGCUACAGUCUCAGCCAACGAACAGACAGUGAUGAGUUGUCGGAUGAUCAUCAUCAGAAUCUGGCCCCCCUCCCCAGCUAUAUCAAAAGGGCAUGGAGUCCGUCUAACGACGAAGACUCGACGCACGCACACAGGGACAGUCACAUAUUCAGAUGAAUGAAUGAA